AUGUCACUAUUGGUUUUACAGAAAACCAUUCUCCCGUAUCUACGGUCAAGUGCAGCUUUGAAUUUUAUUCGAAAUAGUUCUAGUUAUCAUGAAUCAUCAAAGGAGCAGAUACAUAUAGCCUUAAAUUUACUAUGUCCUGGAUUAGGUGAUAAAAAAUAUGAAAGAGCCACUCAAAAAGUACUAAAUAGUCUAAACGAAAGUUAUCCACUACUAGAUAAGCAAAAUUUGUCAGCAAAAACAUCCAAUAAUGUUUUAAAUCCUAGUGAUGAAUUCAUAAAUGCAUUUAAAGAAUAUCAGCAAUCAUUAUUUCAAUUCGAUAAACCCGAAAACCCCGAAACUUGGAUAUCAGAACAGAUACAAUUGAUUAAAAAUAAACAGAUUCCAAAAAUUUUCAUCCCUGAUGCAAAAAAAGUAUUGAAUGAUUUUGAUUUCAUGUUUCCUAUUUAUUCAAAUAGUGAAUUUAUUAACAAAUCAAUGAUUUAUGAAUUCCAAGAAGCACAGCAUGAAAUAAAUCCUACAUUUAAUGAAUUAAUUGAACUAGAUAAAUUAAACCAUGAUAUUAAAUUCAAUCCUUUAUUUUUAAUUGGUAAUGAUACAGAAGUUGGAAAUGUAUACCAUGAAUUAUUUAAACAGGAUUGUGAUGAUCAGGAAAUCAUCGAAUGGUUGAAAAAGUUGAGACAGUUAGGUAAAUCAUCCAUUACAUACCAUGCAAUGUUAUAUGGUAAACCAUUAAAACAAACACUUCCUACUUUUAAGAUCCUACAAGAUUGGUGCUUUCCAAAGAUUGUCACUAACCGUCAUUUGAAAGAUUCUAUGUCUGAUGGAAACAAUUCAAUCCAUCAAUAUUUGGGAAUUAUAUCUUUGGUCAAUGGAGAAAUAUCUCAGCAGUGUAUACAAAGCAUACACGAGUUUACAGAAUCUGAAGCUAUACUGAAAAAAGAGAAUCUAAAUUUGGAUUUAACCAAAGAGCAGAAAGAAUCUUUGGAGAAGAAUUGGAAGAAUUAUUUUAGAAUUGGUCAACUUACAUUGGAUUCAGUUAUUGAUCAUUCAAAGUUGAAUGGUUUGAAAGAUGUAACUCCAAUAAAGUUAACCAAACAGCAAACAGCAGCAUUUGGAUAUUUGGUUUGCUUAGAUUAUGAUCAUGCAAUUAAGUUUCUUGGUGUGAAACCGGUUUUCACUAAAGAAAAGAUGGAGGAUAUUGUAAGGUUGUUUAAUAAUAGCAAUUUCUUAUUACCUGAUAUUGAACAAAUAAACAGACAACCAAAUCUGAUUCAAUUUAGGAUCCCGAUAAUCAAUAACAAUAGAAUUAAUAGAAUUCUUAUGAUGAAAGGGGAUAAAUCCAAGUUGGGUAAGAUUAUCGGCCAGAACAACAUCACAGCGCUGUACAGAUAUGAAUACUUUAUUAGACUUGCCAUUACAAAGCAUUUACUUGAUUUCCCAGAUCACGUUAAUGAGUUUUUACUAAUAAUGUCAAGUAGACCAUUUAAAUUAUACAUGGAGAAUUAUUUUGGAUUUGGAGUACAAUUCGAUCAAGUAUUUGGAUGCAUGUCAGAAGAACAAAAAUUAGAAUGGACAGAUGAUAUGGUUAAGAAAUUGAAAUCAGUUAUCGAAGGUUUUGAUGCUAUUUCUUUAGAAUUAUUCAUAAAAGAAUUCCGAACACAAGUGAAUAAGAAUUCACGUUUGAGAGUAGGAACCAAUAAUUUAAACAAAUUAUUAAAUGAAGUUGACAUUUCGAUUAAAGAUGACUACUUGCAUGAUCUUGGAUUAUCAUUUAUCAAGUAUUCUUACGCGAAACAUAAUUUAAAAUUAAGUUUACAACAAUACAUCCUUGUAAUUAGAUCAUUAGAAAGUGCAUUAAGUGAACUACAAUUAACCAAAAUCGGAAAAAUAAUCCUGGAUAAUACACUUGAUGAAAAUGAGUUAUUUGUUGAAACUAUCAUUGAUGCCAUUAAAAUUGAUGGAAUCGUAUGGAAAAAGAGAUUAUCAUCAAAAAUGAAAACUUCAGGAAUACCUACACCGAAAUUCAAAGGUGUUCAAGUGAACUCACCAUUUUUCCCGGAUUUAAACCUCAAAGAAUUGAAACUUCCAGUGGUUAAAUAUGAUGAUGACGAUUUCAAGAAAGUGUUAUUGAUAAACUAUUAUAUAUUCUCGAAAGUCAUGACUCAAGUGAAUCACAAAAACAAAAAUGCUGAUUUAGGUCCAUUAUUAGAAAUGGUUUCAAAAACCGCUAUGCUUGGAAGCUCAUAUUUUGAAUAUACCACAUUAUUUAAAUUGAAAACAAACAAGUUCAAACAUAUGCUCAAGGAAAAGAAACUAGUACGAGAUAUAUGCCAAACCACUGGAUUACACCAACCAUUCAGUGGGAAAUUUGGUGUUUCCUACAAUAGGGAACUUAAAUUAAGAAACAAAAAUCAAUACUUUGAAUUGGCAACCUAUAUCCAAAUGUUUAACCAAUAUUUGGGUUUACUUUUUGUGUAUCAUAAGAAAGAUCUAGACUUGUAUAUAGAUAAAUUGGUCAAACAAUUGACUAAAUAG